CGAUUGUACCGCCGAUCUGAAGACAGCGCGCAGGUCUUGUCCCCAGAGCCUCCCUCCGGGCGCGCUCCACCUGUGUCGACGUCACCAUCCCACCGCGGUGACACCCGCGGCAGAGCGCGCGGCAGAGCACUUCCUCGUACGCGCGCCGCACUUCGGACGUUGCUAAGCACGAGAACUCGACUCGUAAAGGAUUGCUUCCUGAGUUUCGUGGUGGUUUGAAUAAGGUGAGUCUUCCCCAUGGCGCCGUUUCUGCGGAUAGCCUUCAGUGAUUUUAACCUGGGGAAUCUCCCGCCGAUGAGUGAGCAGCCGUUCUGCGCCAUCAAAAUGAAGGAGUCUCUCAGUACAGAGAGGGGGAAGACUCUUGUCCAAAGGAAACCCACCAUGUAUCCAGCGUGGAAGUCCAGCUUUGAUGCCCACAUCUAUGAGGGCCGUGUCAUUCAGGUGCUCCUGAUGAAGACUGCCGAGGAAGCCCUCUCCGAAGCCACCGUUGGCGUGUCCGUCAUCGCCGAGCGAUGCAAGAAGGGCAACGGCCACGCUGAAUUCUGGGUAGACCUGCAGCCUUCUGGGAGAGUGAUGAUGUCAGUACAGUUCUUUGUGGAAGACACUGACACAGAAAACAAGACCUCGGUCAGGCAGAAGGAAGAUGAUGGCCUGUUGACACUGAACCGCAGGAGAGGAGCCAUGAAGCAGGCCAAGGUGCACUUCAUCAAAAACCACGAGUUCCUCGCCACCUUCUUCAAACAGCCCACCUUCUGCUCCGUCUGCCGAGAGUUUGUCUGGGGUCUUAACAAACAAGGCUACAAAUGCAGACAAUGCAAUGCGGCCAUUCACAAAAAGUGCAUUGAUAAAAUCAUUGGGAGAUGCACAGGAACUGCAACCAACAGCCGAGAUACUGUGUUCCAGAAAGAACGCUUCAAGAUAGACAUGCCACAUCGGUUCAAGACGCACAACUACAUGAGUCCCACGUUCUGCGAUCACUGUGGGAGUCUGCUGUGGGGGAUGGUGAAGCAGGGCCUCAAAUGUGAAGACUGUGCCAUGAACGUCCAUCAUAAAUGCCAGACCAAAGUUGCCAACCUGUGUGGGAUCAACCAGAAGCUCCUGGCUGAGGCUCUGACUCAAGUUAGCAUGAAAUCGUCCACCAAACGGCCCGACCCCACUCUGUCAGACAUCGGCAUCUAUCAGGAUGUCCCGAAACGCUCUGCGGCAGACCCUGGUGACACAAAUAAUUAUGGCAAGCUGUGGGAAAGCACUUACCCCACAUCACCAGCACACACCUCACACCAGAAAACCAUCACCAUGGACCAGUUUGUGUUCCACAAGGUUCUGGGAAAAGGCAGUUUUGGCAAGGUGCUUCUGGCCGAGCUUCGCGGGCGAGGUGAGUACUUUGCCGUGAAGGUGUUGAAGAAGGAUGUAGUGCUAAUGGAUGACGAUGUGGAGUGCACCAUGGUGGAAAAGAGGGUGUUGGCCUUGGCCUGGGAUAACCCCUUCCUCACACACCUGUACUGCACCUUCCAGACCAAGGAGCACUUGUUCUUCGUAAUGGAGUAUCUAAACGGUGGAGAUCUGAUGUUUCACAUCCAGGAUAAAGGACGUUUUGAUCUGUUCAGGGCCACGUUCUACGCAGCUGAGAUCAUCUGUGGUCUACAGUUCCUGCAUUCCAAAGGCAUUAUUUACAGGGACUUGAAGCUGGACAACAUCAUGCUGGACACAGAGGGACACAUUAAGAUCGCAGACUUCGGCAUGUGCAAGGAGAACGUGUUUGGAGAGAACAGAGCCACCACCUUCUGUGGUACUCCUGACUACAUUGCACCAGAGAUCUUACUCGGGCAGAAAUACACUUUCUCGGUGGAUUGGUGGUCGUUCGGCGUGUUGGUGUAUGAGAUGCUGAUCGGUCAGUCGCCAUUCCAAGGUGACGACGAGGACGAGCUGUUUGAGUCGAUCCGUAUGGACACGCCCCACUACCCACGCUGGAUCACCAAGGAGUCCAAGGACCUGCUGGAGAAGUUAUUUGAACGGGAUCCAACCCGCCGGCUUGGCGUGGUGGGGAAUAUCCGCAUGCACCCUUUCUUCAAGACUAUCAACUGGCCUGCACUAGAGAAGAGAGAAGUGACACCCCCCUUUAAGCCUAAAGUGAAAGCCCCUAAUGACUGCAGCAACUUUGACCGGGAGUUUCUGAGCGAGAAGCCCCGCCUCUCGCAAGGGGACAAAAACCUGGUUGAUUCUAUGGACCAGACGGCCUUCGCUGGCUUCUCCUUCAUCAACCCAAAGCUGGAGAACAUUCUAGAGAAAUAAAGUGCCAAGUCUCCACCCCGACACCACCCAGUCACUCUCUCUCACAGUGUGGGGCUCCACCCCGACACCACCUGGUCACUCUCUCUCACAGUGUGGGGCUCCACCCCGACACCAACCAGUCAGUCACUCACACUGAGGGUCCACCCCAACACCACCCAGUUACUCUCUUUGUGUGGGUCCACCCCAGCACCACCCAGUUACUCUCUUUGUGUGGGUCCACUAGGGGUUUUUUGUCCUCCUGAGGGAUUUUUUAGCACCAACACCUGAUAAGUUUAGCUUAUGGAAUAAUACAAAAAUAGAGCUUUUUGUCUGUAUGUCUGUGUGUGCGUGUAUAUUUCUCAUGAUCAAACUAGGAAUCAAAUGUAGUAUAUUGCAUGUUAUAGAACUGACUAAAAUUGACCCUCAUGGCAAACAUGGUGUAGGGGAAGGGACUGCGUUCUGAAGGUAGUGCGCCACCUGGUGGUGGAGUGCUUUAUAUGUUGUAUAAUCAGAGGCCUUAUAGACAGGGAAGCUCUUCUCAAUUAACCUCUUUUUUCAGAUGAUUAUUAGCUGUUUUAGUACUAGUUGCCCUGCUACAUUUUAACAUUCUAACAAGAACAGCAGCAGUCUGUUUUUGCGUGUCGCCACUGGCCACCUGUGUCGUCUGUGUUUCUGCAAAGAUGGAUUAUUGGUUUUGUGAAGAUGGUUUGGUAGUAUGUUGUAUGGCACUCAUCUAACCAGUAAAUCUAGUUAGAUCAAACCAGUAAAUCCCCACCCCACCCCUCACACACACACACACACCCACACCUCCAGGUCUUAGAUCUGUACAUAAACUACAGCUUCUAUGGAAAUCAAAUGUGUCUUUUUGCUGUGCUACAGCUAGUCUGAAUUACCAUGUUAAUAGAUGAUCAUAUUCUUAUGGUACUGGGUUCUGCUACAGAAUAAAAAGUGGGUUAGUGGGUGGAAGUUAAAUGUCAGCAGAAUUUAAUUACUGAAAUUAAUGUUAUGAAAUGUUUAGGUAUUUUUUAAAAAGAAAUACAAUCUUGUAUAUAAAAUGUCUGUAUAUUGGUCUAAACUGUUAUUAUGGGGAUGUUGAAAAUAUUCUUUUUAACCAUUAUUACACUUUGAGACUAUAAUAAAAAGAAUCUUUAUCUCAGAAAACUCAA